GUGUCGAGAUCUCCGCUGCGCCAUGCCGAUCCCGAAGUGGACCAGAGUUUGGCACUGCGACGACCCGACGGACCUGGAAGCCGUGGUGCAAGGACGGUCCGGGCGAUGCUCAACACGUGAAUUUAUGGAUGAGAUGAAUGAACACCAGCCAGGCUCAGGCGAAGCGCUCCGUUGCAUGGAGCGUGAUCCCGUGCAGGCGAUCAAGGCCCGUUGGCAGUACUUGCAUUUUGGCUUGGUUCUGCUAUUGCUUGCCGUGGCAGCAGUUUGGUUUCUGCGUUCCAAGGUGAACAGCGCGAACCUGGCUGUGGAUUCUGUGGAUUCUGUGGAUUUCUAUCUGCCCAACCGCGGGCACACAGAUUCCAAAGGUGAAUGGAGGGCCGACACCUGGGACCACUUUCAGAUCCCAGACUGCGACUCGGGGCCACCCCCAGGCAGCAAGGAACUGGUCCACUGGGUGCAAAACGUGAAAGAGUGGGUCAAUGACACCAAAGGU